AUGAGGUCACAAUGGCUACUUUCUCUUUGCUUGAGACAUCCAGCAUGAGCUCACAAUGCCACUCUCUAUCUCAGUGACACAGAGCAACAUCAUAUGUGGACCAAAUCUGUCUCCUUCUCCAUCUCUCUGUCUCUGUCCCUCCCUCCCUCCCUCCCUCCCUCCCUCCCUCCCUCCGAGUAGCCCAAACCAGGAACUUGUGAACACCAUCUUCCUUUCUUAUUGAGGUGGGCACCAGCAGUGGACAGCAACCAGUCUCUCUCUGCCUCAGAUGUGCAAGGUUGUGUAGGCAGAGAAGCAGCAGGUGAGGAGAAGAGGAGAGCUGGCAGACAACCCCCCCUCCCCCGUCUAUUGAAGGGUUUCUAUUUUCAAUGGGCUCCCUAAAGUGUCUAGGCACCAGAAGCGGGUAGAGACAGCCAAAGACACAUGGGCCAAAGCUUAAUAAUAAUAAUAAUAAUAAUAAUAAUAAUUUAUGCCCCACCCAUCUGGCUGGGUUACAUGCCCGUAAGAUCCCAACAGAAUGUGAAAAGCACAGCAAAACAUCAAACAUUAAAAACUUCUCUAAACAGGGCUGCCUUCAGAUGUCUUCUAAAAGUCAGAUAGUUGUUUAUUUCCUUGACAUCUGAUGGGAGGGCGUUCCAUAGAGCGGGCGCCACUACUGAGAAGGCCCUCUGCCUGGUUCCCUGUAACCUCACUUCUCACGGUGAGGGAACUGCCAGAAGGCCCUCAGAGCUGGACCUCAGUGUCCGGGUAGAACGAUGGGGUUGGAGACGCUCCUUCAGGUAUACUGGGCCGAGGCUGUUUAGGGCUUUAAAGGUCUGCCCCAACACUUUGAAUUGUGCUUGGAAAUGUACUGGGAGGCAAUGCAGGUCUUUCAGGACCGGUGUUAUAACUAGGGCUUUUUUUUCCAGCUGGAAAUUGCCAUUAUAAGAGAACAAGGGAAACGUUUGUGGUGGGUUUUGGCAUCUCUUUUUCUAGAAAGCUAGCACUGGUGCUAACAUCACCAGUUUGCAGAGUCUAUCAGGAUUGGGCAUUGUGAUGAAGGCAAACCUGCUGGUUUCAACCUGGCAGAAGGAGAGCAGACACUGUGAGAUGCAGCAGGGCUUCAACUUUCCGUGUCUUCCCAACAGGGCACUUAGGAGAGAGGUAGGAGAUGGGGGUGGAUGGGGACAGAAGCAGUAGACUAUUGAGAGAAGAAGAUGAAGAGAGAAGUGAUGGAGACUGACAGGAUAGGGGGAGUUGAGAACAGAAAGGAACGGGCAUGUAAGCAGGCACAGAAAUGCUCAUUCUCAAGAAGGCAGUUUGUCACUUAAAAGGUAAAGGUAAAGGGACCCCUGACCUUAGGUCCAAUCAUGGCCGACUCUGGCGUUGCGGCGCUCAUCUCGCUUUAUUGGCCGAGGGAGCCAGCGUACAGCUUCUGGGUCAUGUGGCCAGCAUGACUAAGCCGCUUCUGGCGAACCAGAGCAGCACAUGGAAACGCCGUUUACCUUCCUGCCGGAAUGGUACCUAUUUAUCUACUUGCACUUUGACAUGCUUUCAAACUGCUAGGUUGGCAGGAGCAACGGGAGCUCACCCCGUCGUGGGGAUUCGAACCGCCAACCUUCUGAUCGGCAAGUCCUAGGCUCUGUGGUUUUACCCACAGUGCCACCUGUGUCCCUUAGUUUGUCACUUACCUGAAACAAAAGCCAAAAAAGAAAAAUGGUAUACAGAAGGAAAAAAAGUUUAUUGAUCUUAUGUGUCUUGGACCCCAAUGGUCCUUCUUCGAGGAGAUUCAGAGGCCAGUAAUUCAAAAUUCAGGUGUGCAACCUCUUUUAUUUCCUAUACUAUACACAGCCAAUUAACCAGAAACAGAAGAGGUAGGACCUUCUGAAAUCUGAAUUGCUGUUCAGUGAAUUUCCCUGAAGAAAGGCUUGAAAAACAAUGAUUAGAGGAGAGUGCAGGGUCACAUCCACACUGUAUAUUUAAAGCACAUGGGUUCCUCCCAAUGAAUCCUGGAAACAGUAGUUUGUUAAGGACACUGGGAAAUUUAGCUCUGCGAGAGGUAAAAUAUAGUUGGCAAGGUUAUUUGAGGGAAGCCAUGUGCUUGUAUGGUGUUGAUGUGACCAUCGGAUUGGUAAAACCAUGUUUUCUACAGACAUUUAGAACUGCUGAAAGGAAGCACACAUGUGACCAUUCUCUAUAUAAAGUACACGUUUAGGAAAUAAAAUGUAUUAUCAAAAAAGGGGGGAGUCAUAUAAGGGGCAUUAUGCUGGCAUCAGAGUACCUGUAAAAUGUUUAAUAUGCACACGGGAAUUCUUACAAUUCAGGAAAUGAAAAGCAAAAUGUAAAAAAAGGGCCAGAACUGUCUCUCCCUGUUUGAAUGGAAACGAGAAUGUUACUUUAUACGGAACUGUAAAAUCAAGAUAGCAAGGCUGCAUCCCUAACCCAGCUUACCUUAGUGUAAGCCUAUUUACCUUAGUGCAAGCCUAUAAACUUAGCUUUAUAUUUAAAGAUCUAAAAGCAGUUUACAUCUCAAUAAAAAUUCCAAAUACAGUAUAUAAUAUUAAAUAUAAAUUCUGCAUUCAAUAUGGCGGCUAUUACUACUAAAAUUCCACAUUUUAAGCAAUAACCAUCCAUACCUCUGUACUCCACCAACCACACACUCUGACUUUAAACAUGAUGGGAGAAAACCUGAAUUUGAAUACCAGAUUUUGCUAACACUAGCAACUUUUGUUUGGGCUUGUGACUUGAUUUGAACCAGGACCUCCUGGCUCACAGCUCCCACCAUUAACUGCUCUGUUGUGCCAGCUCUCUCAACUGUACUUAGUUCUGUUUAUAUUUUCUCCAUCCUCAGAGACUAAAAGAGAGAGAGGGCUCCCAUUUCAGAGUCCUCUGGCUUGUUGUCAUCUCCAAGCACUUGCCUUCACUUUUGUAGCUGCCGUUUUCUGGCUUGCCAUUCACCCUCUCUUUGGAACUAAUUUCACUCUUGAUUAGCAGGAGUCAAGCACCAAUGAUUGAGAAGGAAGGCUCAAGUAUCCUCUGUCAACCAUGUUUAUUUGCCCUUGUUUCAGUCUUUCUGUUUGAUGUGAAGUGGACUUUCAGCAAGUCCUUUGGAACAGAGAGAGGGGGAAGGGUCAAUGGCCUGGAAGAAUAAUGGCAAGAAAGGAGAACUUCUGUGUGCUCCUUUAGUAACCUCUAAUGAGAGGAUGGAAGGAGUGAAGCUGAAACAGCUGGCAAAGCAUGUUCCCAAAGGCCAUUUACUUGAAACAUUUUCCGUGACCCCCAAAUAUUGGCCUUGUCUGGAAGCAACUUGCCUUGGAUGUUCCUUCUACCUCUUUGUCUAAGGAUUUUGCAAACCGAUUGCCUACCUAUGCUUCUUUGCCGCUGUGUCACGUGCAUCACAGAAACCCACUGUGCAAAUUUGGCCCUGGAAAGGCCCUAGGGAUGGAAUUAGCUGCAUGGGUAGGCAAACUAAGGCCCGGGGGCUGGAUUCGGCCCAAUCGCCUUUUAAAUCCGGCCCGCGGACGGUCCGGGAAUCAGCAUGUUUUUACAUGAGUAGAAUGUGUCCUUUUAUUUAAAAUGCAUCUCUGGGUUAUUUGUGGGGCAUAGGAAUUCGUUCUCCCCCCAAAAAAAAAAUAGUCCGGCCCCCCACAAGGUCCAAGGGACAGUGGACCAGCCCCCUGCUGAAAAAGUUUGUUGACCCCUACCUAGGAGUCUGACUGUGAGAAAGUACCUGAGACAACAAUCUUGUCUCAGAGAGAGAGAGAGAGAGAGAGAGGAGGGCAAUCAUAUCCAGCCAAGGACACUUACUGAGAAGUUCUGUUAGUGGAAGAUACAUUUGCUGCUGAGUCAUUAUUUGGCCCUCCAGUCAUGGAACUGGACUGUUUCAGGGGUAAAAUUCAUUUUGUGUCUCAAGCUUUUCUGUGUUAGCAUCUUUGCUGCCAGCAAUAAAGAGACAUUAGCACCAUGUCGUCUGAGUCAUCAACCACUGUUUCUCAGGCUUUUAACAUCACAGGGCCAUUGACGCAGGCCUUUCCAUCUGCUUUCAGCUCCUUGUUCUGAGAUACCUUGUUGAACUUUAUCCUGAUAGUUCUUCAGGCUUCUUCUUCUUCUUCUUCUUCUUCUUCUUCUUCUUCUUCUCCUUCAUUUGGCCACCCAGAGCAACUCAAAAUAAGAGCAGUCUUCAUAGAAUUCCCAAGGUUCCAUCUCUCUCCCCUUUUACAAUACAAAAGCUAACAAUUUUUUAAAUGGAGCCCCUUUUCUAAGUGGCAUGUCCUUCACUUGCUCAUUGAUCAUUCAUUGGCACAUCUCACUCUGCCCUUCAGUGAAAAUGAAGCUCUCAAGAAUUGCUAUUCGAAAUGCAGGAGCUGAGCUGACCAGAAAAUGAAAAUGAUUCCAAAUGCACAAAUCUAAUAUGGAUGUUGGCAUAAUCAGAAUUAGUUCGGUAAAAUUACUGGGCAUUCUUGAACUAAGCCAAGGGUCCAAACACAAAAGUUUUGGAUCUAUAUACAACACGAACCUGUAUUAGAAGGAGAAGGCUGAAUUAUUUGCGACAGUAUUCUGCCUGUGUUUCUGAAAGGGUUCCGUAUUUCACUAAGAGGAAGAAUUGAGGUCUGAGUCUAAAAUCUUUACUCCAGAUCUCAUUCUUGUGGCUUCUGGAAAUAUAUGUUAUUUCCAUCCUUCUUUGCUUCCAACCAGCUUUACUAGCAUGGGAGCAGUUUAAGGCUCAAAUGGAGACACUGGCAACAAUGGCAAUUGUGGCAACCAUUACGAACCAGUUUGAGAAAUCCCAGUGGUUUAAGAAUUUGGGGCCUCCCUCAGACACGGCACUUUCAGUGGGGAGGCCUAGCCUAGAAGAGGUGUACUAUGCAGCCUGAGAAUUCUUGUAAGCGGUAUCUAAUUGUCUUAGAUUUCCUGGAUACAGUGGAAAGGAUAGCAGUGGCAGGGAAGUUGACAUUUCUUUGGAGCCCUGGGAAAUCGUCAGUCUUUGCUUCCCUCUGGAGCCAGUCCUGAAGCCAGCCCAAAUCCUGUAAUACAUUCAUCCCAACCUUAGUACUGCACCAUGAGCUUCAGUUCCACCAUUGUGCUAAUACGCCCCAUGGGUAAGACAUCUCUUCUUUUUCACUUUGUCAGAAAGGUAUUCAUAUAUCCUCUAACACGUCAAGGAGAAAAACUGGGAUGCCACCUUCUGGGGCUAUGCUCCUGUACGAGUCACGUGACCUUCAAAAGUUCAUGCCCACAGGAAAAGCAUUCCCCUCCCCCCCCCGCGUGUGAUUACAGUGUCCAAAAUGGCCGCCAUGCUCUCGUGAAAAAUUGGGAUGUCCCAGUUUUCCCAGGACAGCUGAGGGGUUUGUAUUUGUAAACAAAGCAAAAUAAAUGAAAGCAAAUUGCACCAGUUGAAGACUUUACCACCUACAUGGCAAGAAGAAAGAUGCUGAAGCUUUCCUUGCGCUAAUAGUCAUUAUUAUAAAAGAUAUGCAUGUUAAGCGAAAAGCAAACCUUUGUUUUCCUGGUCAGCUUAAACAAUAUAUCUGCCAGCAUCUUUUCUGUUCUGCUGACAGUUCUUAUCUUAUCGCAUUAAUGCUGGCAUAAAUUGUCCAUCAAUAUUCAAAAUGAUGGGCUCACUAGCGCAUGACUGGAAUUUUCAUUGCAGCUGUGGUCGUUCCCCCUCCCGAGCUCAGAUGUGCAUUGUAUGAAGCGAGCCUUUCCCAGUCUCUUGAGAGCUACAGAAACAGUAAAGGAAAAGACCAGUUGGGGAAGAACUGUUCACCAUUGUAG